AUGCUGCGGGAAAUAAAACCUCGAAAUGCUCGGACCGCCCGCAUCGUCAAAGCGCGCGAGCCUCAACAGCUGGAAUCGAGGAAACGGGUCUUACUCCUGCAUGGAACGAAAUGCCCACAGCCUGUCAACAGUGUGCUGAAAACGGUACACACUCUCACCAAACCCGACUCCGUGAUGCUCACCAAGAAGAACGACAACAUUCACCCAUUCGAGAACUCCGAGUCCUUGGAAUUUCUGGCAGGGAAGAAUGAAUGUGGAGUGGUGGUCUUUGGCACGCAUUCCAAGAAGAGACCGAACAAUAUCACUGUUCUGCGGAUAUACGAUGGCAAGCUUCUUGACAUGGUCGAGCUGCUCCUUCUGGUGCCCUCGGACGAGCCACAGUCAGAGAUCAAAUUGCAGAUCGGAGUAGGAAUGAAGCCUUUAAUAUUGUUCGCAGGAUCGCAAUGGGAUGAUACUUCCUCGUCAGCGCAGGCUACGCUCUAUCAGUCCCUCAGAUCUAUAAUGCUGGAUCUUUUCCAAGGGGAAGAGGUAUCUUCGAUUGACGUGGCAGGUCUACAAUAUCUUCUGAUGAUCGCCGCGGGUGAAGGCUCCAGUUCUUCGGCAGACCCGAACGACCCAACGAACAAACCUGUCCUUCAUCUCAGAUGGUAUCGGGUGCGCACUAUGAGAUCCAAUAGCCUCAAGAUUCCCCGAGUCGAGCUUGAUCCAAUCGGACCCAGCUUCGACUUCCGAGUUGGUCGAUUCCACGAAGCGGAAGCGGCCGUAAUGAAGGAUGCGUUGAAACAUGGCCGUCGGCCGAAUGAACCACGGACAAAGAAGAACAUCGAGACAGACCUGGUGGGUGACAAGAUCGGCCGGGUGCACCUCGGAAAGCAGGAUCUUUCGAAUCUGCAGACGCGGAAAAUGAAAGGGCUGAAAAGAAAUCGUGACGACCUCGAAGAUGAAGAAGAACUGGAAGACGUGGACGGCGAGGAAGAUAUCAUCAGUCAGGACGAAGACAUGGAGAACGGCGGAAUGGACGUUGACGAUAUGUCAGAGGAAGGAAGCAGUGGUCUGGGAAGCGGGGAUGAGAUUAGCAUUGGCGAAGAUGACGACGAGGAAAUGAACGAUGCGAAUGACAACGACAACGACAAGCCGAAACGACAGCGAACCUCCUGA